GGAAGUGACGGGAACGGGAUAGUAAACUCAAAUGAGGACUUCCAAUUUUUCAUGAAGGCUGCCACAAUAUAAGUCUGGUUAAAGUCGUCUGAACGAAGAGCGCAAAUGUUACAGUAGCCUAAUGAUUGUGCGCAAGAACGUUAUAUUCACAGACGUCAGAAACGCUACAAUGUAUCAGAAUAUAGAAUGUACUCGGGCGACACAACGAUCAAUGCGGGAUGGUAGCCACCAACAUUUGCAGAGAUUUCACAAUACUGAAUUAAAUCUGUGGAUCAUAGAUUGAACUUUAUGCAGACUUUUCAGGACUUUUCGUUGAUUUGGAAAUAUUUGCGACCGAUUUCAAGAUGAUUUACAACGAGGGUAGUAGACAGAUUUUUAAUAGUUAAAGUUAUUCCAUGAGUUUCAGAAUGUAUGCAAGUGAGAUAUCGCCACCAGUUCGGAUUUCUCUGCUAGUGGUAACUCUUGUAUCGCUUGGGAUUUGUUCAGAACUAAAAGUACGAGUGCGUUUAAGUGAUGGACUAAUUGGGGAGGAGAUUUUGGACGCCAACCGUGAGAAUGAUGACAUUACAGUCGAGUUCAAGCAAGGAGAUGGUACUCAUAUUACUGUGGUAUUUGAUUUCAAACGGGAUGUGAGGAUCGUCCGAGCUCUGAUCCUGGGGGAGCCAGAGCGAGGCCAGAACCAAUACCAGGUGCUGUGCUUUGUCUCGCGCCUCGAUCACCACGAGAUCAUUCCCACUGAGUCCAUGGCUCGCCUCAGACAGAAGAACCCCCACUUGGUCCGCACGGCAGAGGAGAAGCGUGGGGUGGAACACCUCCACAUGGACAUGGUGGUGAACGUGAGUCAUGCAGGGCACCUCAACACACUCAUCCACAACGUGUGUAAGGAGGCCCAUGAGGGGUUUUAUACCCGGACAGCUGACACCAAGCAUUGGCUGGAUAAAGGAAUAGAGGCCAUUGAGUUUGAGCCCCUGCCCCAGACAGUGGACGUCUCUGGUCUGCAGCGAUGCCCCUCCACUCUGGACCUGUGGCAGCCAUGCUUCUGCAGCUAUCACCUACGUCUGGAGUGGCUCCCCUGCCUGCUCAAAUACUGCCGCAGCCGCCGGGGCGCGGCUGGAAGGACCAACCCGUACAAGUGUGGCAUCAGGAGCUGCAGCAAGGGCUACCGCUUUGACUACUACGUCCCCCAUAAACAGCUCUGCCCAUGGGAUGAGGAGACCUAGAGCAGCUGGUUUUGCCCUUAGUUCUUUCCUAGAUGGCAUUUAGCCUACCGUGCACAUCUGGACUGAGCAUGGCAGGGGAUUGGCAAGAGGCCUUGAAGUGUAUACAGAGUAUACCAAACAUUAGGAACACCUUCCUAAUAUUGAGUUUUUCCCUCCGAAAAGCCUCAAUUCAUCAGGGCAUAGACUCCGCAAGGGGCCGAAAUGUUGACUCCAAUGCUUCCCACAGUUGUGUCAAGUUGGCUGGAUGUCUUUUCGGUGGUGGAUCAUUCCUGAUACUCACAGGAAGCUGUUGAGCGUGAAAAACCCAGCAGCAUUGCAGCUCUUGACACAAACCGGUGUGCAUGGCACCUACUACCAUACCCUGUUCAAAGGCACUUAAAUCUUGUGUCUUGCCCAUUCACCCACUGAAUGGCACACAUACACAAUUCAUGUCUCAAUUGUCUCAAGGCUUAAAAAUCCUUCUUUAACCUGUCUCCUCCCCUUCAUCUACACUGAUUGAAGUGGAUUUAACAUCAAUAAGGGAUCAUAGCUCUCACCUGGAUUCACCUGGUCAGUCUAUGUCAUGGAAAGAUCAAGUGUUCUUAAUGUUUUGUACACUUGGACUUACACUAACUUAUUUUCAGACAGAAGAGUGUCUCUGACUUACCACCAAGGUAUUUGGAUUCAACCAGACAGUAGCAUAUCUAUUGUAACCAUGUGUUUUUAAUGUUGGAUGUUUCCUACAGUGGUGUGUUGAGUCCAUAUAUAAUAAUACUUUUCCUAAGCAUGCAAGUGUCUGUAUUAGGGCAGCUAGACAGGAGCUUAAUGGGGGAAAAUUGACAAUGUGAAAAUGGUAAUAUCGCCCAACCUAGAUGGAAUUGCCCAUGCUACUAUGGAUGAAUGUUUUGAUUUGUUCAGUGCUCCGUUGGGGUCAAAUUGGAUGGUGAAUCUGCUCAAGAGAAAACAUUCAUCCAUGGUAGUGAAUGAAUCACUUAACUGAUGUAGUUUUUAUUGACUUAAUGCAAAAUAAAGCCAUUUAUUUACAUCCUGUUAAAAGAACUAGGGUAUUGAAACAGUACGGUCUGUAACCAAUAUCCACACUCUUGCCUUGAACUAUAGGGACCAAUUUUUGGGCUCGCUGGAAGGGUUUUUUCAUUGCUGUCAAAUACAUCAGCGUGUAGCAUCAUAUGCAGACACUGACUUAAGUCAUGUUUAUACUAUAGGUAUACAGAAUAAAGUGAUUAACUGUGAGUAUUGUGCUGUCAUAUUCAUGGUGGUAUGAGAUAUUCAUCAGGCAACUUAUAUCUGGGAACUUCUCUGUUCUACUUUUUGUCAAUACUUUUUUUUACCUCUUUGAUCAACAAUAUAUUUUCAGAUUUACUAUCUUGUUGUGAUAAACCCGAAGACACAAACUAGUGGACUGAAAAGUUUAUGUAGUCUUUCUGUCCUUUAUAUAUUUAUUCAACUUUUCAAACGUAAUGUCCAAAGUGCCAGUGAUUAAGCUUGUACUGGAGAUUGCUGUUCUGCAUGUCAUUGGUACAUUAUGAUAACUGCUCAUGUGUCUCUCUGAGGGAAGAACUGUUACAAACAAAAGUGAUUUUUCAAAAAUGGACCUAAAGCAUACGUCCAGGAACAAAACAUAAACAUUUAUUUUUUAAAUCUAUAAAUUAUUGGUUGAUGGUAAGUGCCUUAACUUGUCACUGUGUUGUUUGAUUUGAAAGUAAUUAUAUGGUUUUAAAUGUUUUAUGUAAAAAAUCUGCAGUUGAAGUUCAAAAAUGUUUCCUAAAGGUGUCUAACUUUGACAAAUGAAAAUCCUUAUUAGUCUUUAUACUAGGCCUAAUGCUUCUUCUGUUGGGUGUCAUAUUUGCAAAGCUGGAUUUGUGGGCAUAUUAACAUCAUAAUGCACAAUAUAGACAUCUAAAACCCCAAGAAUACAGUGUCCUCCAUCAUUAUUAAAUGGAAUAAGUUUAGAACCACCAAGACUCUUCCUAGAGCUGGCCAUCCGGGCAAACUGAGCAAUUGGGGGAGAAGGGAGGUGACCAAGAACCCGAUAGUCACUCUGAAAGAGCUCUGGAGGUCCUCUGUGGAGAUGUGAGAACCCUCCAGAAGGAGAACCAUCACUACAGCACUCUACCAAUCAGGCCUUUAUGGUAGAGGGCCCAGACAGAGGCCACUCCUCAGUAAAAAGAAAGUGACAGCCCGCUUGGAGUUUACCAAAAGGCACCUAAAGACAUUCAGGGACAAGUCUCUGGAUGUGCUUGAGUGGCCCAGCCAGAGCCCAGACUUGAACGCAAUCAAACAUCUCUGGAGAGCCCUGAAACUAGCUGUGCAGAGACACUCCCCAUCCAACCUGACAGAACUUGAGAGGAUCUGAAGAGAAGAAUAGGAGAAACUCCCCAAAUACCAGUGUGCCAACUUUGUAGUGUCAUAGCCAAGAAGACUCAAUACUGUAAUUGCUGCCAAAGGUGCUUCAACAAAGUACUGAGUAAAGGGUUUCAAUACUUACAGUAUGUAAAUGUGAUAUUUCUGUUUUUUAUUUUUAAUAAAUUAGCAAACAUUUCUAAAAACCUGUGUUUGCUUUGUCAUUAUGGGGUAUUCCGUGUAGACUGAGGAGGGAAAAACUAUUUAAUACAUUUUAGAAUAAGGUUGUAACGUAACAAAAUGUGGAAAAAGUUAAAGGGUCUGAAUCCUUUCCGAAGCCACCGUAUACAUAAUGCACAAAUAUCCAUUGUGGAGUUUGACUGCCCUCUGGUGAUCACUGGACUGAAGGUUGCCUGACAAAAUACAUUUAGGAGACUUGACAGCUUUAUGAUAGGCUUAGCCUGUAGCUAAAUUAUAAGUCAUAGUUUUUUAGAAACUUUCUUACACGGGUCCGAGGUUGAGCACUGUUCCAGAUUUCCUUAUGGUGUAUGUGUGUGCACGCACAUGUGCGGAGGAGCAAGGCAGCUGCUUACUCCGCCACCAGGGCCAUUCUCCCACUGAACAUCAAUAUUCUCUUUAUCUGUUUUAAGAUUGACCAAAAUAAUUUGCAUGAAGGUCUUCGUGUGUCCCAUGCCUUCUUUUCUUCAUGUCAUUCAGGCAGACAGACCUGUGGUUGUGGCAUCCUCUCAAAACAUACUAGCACAAUGUUGUCUUGUAGUGAAAAGAAGCAGAUGAUAAUGCACUUCGAACCAAACCUGUCAUAACGUUUUAUACAGUUAUAACAUGUUAUAAAUGCUAAUGAACUGUAAUGCUUACAAUGCCUGUAAGUGCGCAUGUUUAUAAAUGUUUACAAAUAACGAAAUGGACAUUUAUUGAUAAUUAAAUACAGCUUAUUCAUGAAAUGUAUUAAAAAGUGU